AUGUUUUACAUAGUUCAAAUUUUAGUGAUGAGAUUAGCCACACAGUGUGCCACAGGAAUGAGAACAUAUGGACGAUGGUUCAAUCCCGAGAUCCGAGCUGCUGUUCGUCACAAGAAUCUGCGUGAAGGAGCGCAUGGAUCAGCCAUUCCAAAUGUGAAGAAAUCCUCUAUGCAAUUCCCGAAAGAAAUCACAAAUGGACAACAACAUCCGAAACACAAAGCCUUUCGCUACAAACACCAAAUACACAGUAAUCCUAGAAAACAAAUCCCUCCAAGCCAACAUUCUCCCACCUGUCCUCCACCAAAU